GCUCCGACCCCUUGCUCUAUUCCCGCCAGGUGGAACCAUUUGCUGAAAACUUCUAUAUAUCUGAGCCUCUCCCUCCCAUUUCCACUGUCAAAAAAACCCUUCUCGCUCUCUCUCUCUCUCUCGUCAUACGAAUGGCUUCAGCAUCCACCACUGCUCCUCCUGAUGGUGGUGGUGGGAGAAUGAGCGUCGCGGCCUCCAACUUGGGCAGGGAAAAUCAAACUCUCAUUGUUGAUCUCCGCAAAGCCUUGGGCACUAUCAAGAUGAUGGCAGAGGACUUAGAGAGAGACAACCGGUUUGAAAUGGUAAAGGAAUUAGAAGAUGCCACACUUGAGUUGUUAGCUGCCUCUGAUGAUGCUGCCCAUUUCUCAUCUGCCCUCCAAUCCAUUGGUAUGAACUAUCGCUCUGGAAAUGAGGCAACUGAUUUUAAGAAGCUGAUAGAGAAGGAAGUUAUCAAGUUAAAGGAGCAAUCGUCUUUUGUUCCCCAGAGUCAUCCCUUAUUUCGGCAAUUUAAGGAAGUGAUUUGGAACGUUCAUCAUGCUGGUGAGCCAAUGCCUGGUGAAGAGCAGGAGGAAGUCAUCAUGACGACUAGCCAGAGUAACAUUUUGAACAUUACAUGUCCCUUAUCUGGAAAGCCUGUCAUUGAACUUGAAAAUCCAGUACGCAGUAUGGAUUGCAAACAUAUAUAUGAAGAGCAGGCAAUAAAGCACUACAUGAGGACUCGGAGAACUCGCUGCCAAUGCCCUGUGGCAGGUUGCCCCAAGAUACUGGAAGGAGAGCGAGUGACAUGCGACCCUCUCUUGCGGAUAGAGCUUGACGAAAUGCGAGCGAGGAGUAAUCGAACCACUGAAUCUCACUUGGUUGAAGAUUUCACCGAACUUGAUGAUAAUGAGGAUGACUAGUUUAACUUGAUUAAAAAUUUCCCAUUAAUUACUAUUUUACAGGAAGAGUACAUGUAAGAUACCUUAGUUGUACUGCGACUUUCCUACCUCUUUGUAUAUCUGAUUGCACGAGGCUAAGUAAAUCUCGUUAGUUCCCCUGUAGUCUCAUUAUAAUACAUUGUGCGCAAUGGCUCCAACUAUCCAAUUGAAAGAGAAGUUGGAAUCUAAAGUGGAUUUUAAAUGUGGGAGAAUGAAUAUAUGAAAACUGGUUCAACAUUUGAAACCAGUGGCAUAUUUUCA